UUAGUGUGUGUGGAUGUGGGUGUGUUGCCAACAAUAUAAUACAAUACAAGAAAAGAUCCGAUAACUGUAACGUGGAUUUUAAAAGCAACCUGUACAGACCUGUAAUCAGUAUGUUCAGAAAGGCAGUAAUGUUCACGGUCUGUGAACACUGUGUCUUAUUCUAUAUGAGUGUAACAUUAGAACAGCUCCUAUGAAGCUACGUGUUGACUGUACUUGGCUGAUCCUAUUAUCUGUAAUCUGUAUCUUCUCUGUUUUCACUAUAAGAGCUUACUAAUCUCUAAGGUUGACAAAAUACAGGUAUUUUGACUAUUGAAAUUCUUGACUUUUUUUGCAUGCUGUUUAUAUUAUGUCUGUUAGUUGCCUCUUCAUUGACAGCGUAAGCAAAAUUAGGCUCAAACCUCACUUCUUGGGUCUAUUAAUCCACAGUGAAAUAUCAUUAUAACUUUUAACCCCCUUAUCAGUACGUUGUUCAGAGAGCACAGCAGACGUAGCAGAAGAGCACACGUGAGGUGUUAUUUUUUUAUUUUUUUAUUGUGCUUCUGCCCCUUGGCACAGUUAACAGACUGUAUCAUAAAGCUUAAAACAAACAAAGCUGCAGCUCUUUAACUCGUUUGACGCUCCUUGUGCUCAGUUUCGGCUCUGCUCCACCCACACAUGCAUGUUCAGCUCACUGCUCAGAGAGAAAGAAAAAGACAGGGCUCAUAAAUAGAAUAGGGUAAUGGGGCUCAGAUGUGCUCUGUUACUCAUAAUCCCUCUAGAUCACCCGAAAAACUUUAAUCUCAGUGUGCAGUCGCUUUUAAUUAUGUCCACUUAUAACUUUUAUACUCACACUAUUCAGUACAACUUGCAUUGUUACUAUAGCAACCAGUGAAAAUGUUUGGUUUGGUGGCUUGUAAUUUGGAGACAAAUAAAAAAAAUCUGCUUUGCCCUGCUGUGUGACCAAAACUAGAUUAUUCUGAGCAUGCUUGUUUCUGGCACUAUGGAAUUUUAUUCUACUCGGCUGUGGCUGAGGUGGUAGAGCGGGUUGUCCACUAAUCGUAAGGUUGGCGGAUUGAUUCUACUCCACAUGCCGAAGUGUCCUUGGGCAAGACACUGAAUCUCAAGUUGCUCCUGAUGGACGCAGUCGAGGGGCGAUCCUCUCUCAAUAUUAUACCCGCACCAUGCAGAUGUGCAGACACAGACAGAGCCAACCCUCCAUUCGCUCCUUCUCCCGCUCCGCCCGGCCCAGCAUCUGCGGCUACCGUGUUGAUAGCAACACUGAGAUCUUCGAGAGGGAGGAGAGUAAGAGGGAGCGGCUGGUAAAAAACUUGCAGAACCUGUCUGUGGGCGAUCGAGUGCGCAUGCUGAAAGCUAUUCCGUUGAGCUUGGCAGAGAAGAGUGAACUCAGACAUUUGGCCUUAAAUAAAACUGGCCGCUCUAUGUACCUCGACCAAGUCCCCUGCUGCAGCCAUCUCAAAGAUUGUAUUUUCAUUUCUUUGAGACAAAGCUGGUACAGCUGGCUGUCGUUCCUGUCCUCACUGCAGUUAUGGCAGACGGCUCUGAAGACAGUGAGUGGCCGCUUCGGGACAGGCGUCCUCUCCUACUUCGUCUUCCUAAGGAAGCUGUUCUUCUUUAAUGUUUUCCUCUUCCUGGUGACGGGGCUCUUCUUGGUGGUCCCCCAAGCAGUGCAUCCUCCGAAACUAACCUCAGUCCCAUCUGUACAAUACGGCCUCGAGGUGCUCACUGGGACGGGUUAUUUUAAGGACUCCUUGAUGUACUACGGCUACUACAGUAACUACACUUUUAUAGAGAACUACAGCAAUGUUGGAAACCAGAGAUCCUUUCAUCUAUCCUAUAACAUGCCUCUUGCCUAUUUCUUCACCAUUGGCAUGGCAUUCUUCAUCACCUGCAUCAUCCUCGUGUACAGUAUGUCCAAGUCUUUUGGACAGAGUUUCCGGAUUGACCGAUCCAAAGGUCUGCUUGCCAUAAAAGUCUUCAGUUCUUGGGAUUUCAAAGUCAGCAAGAAAUCGUCUGUUAGGCUGCAAUCUGAAAACAUCACCACUCAGCUCAGAGAGUUGGUGGCGGAGGUGAACCGUAAGAAGGUGAAGUCUUCGUUCUGGCAGCAUGUAGCAGUUGUGGCCAUCCAGUUACUGGCCUGGAUAAUAUGCAUUGGGAGCACUGUAGGGUGUUCCCUCGCCGUGUACUUCUUCUCAAGUCCAACUUUCUCUGUACUUAGAAAGGAUUAUGCAAACACUACCAGUAACGACCUGCAGAAAGAAGCAAGCAUGCUGGCUCUCCCUGUGGUUGUGUCCACCAUUAACCUGCUCCUGCCUGGCUUCUUCAAUGUUGUGGCCUGGAUGGAAGAGUACGAGUCACCGAGCACACGCAACUAUGUUGCCAUUUUCAGGAAUUUAAUGCUGAAAGUGAGCGUGCUUGGAGUCUUGUGUCAUCAUUGGUUAGGUCGGGCGGCAACUGAAGAAAAUAAAUCACAGUGCUGGGAGAGUUUUGUGGGGCAGGAGUUAUAUAGGUUCCUCCUAAUGGACUUCAUCUUCACAAUGCUCGAUACCUUCUUUGGGGAGUUUCUGUGGAGAUUGUUUUCGCAGAAGGUUCUGAAGAAGGAAAGAAAGCCGGUGUUUGAUAUAGCCCGAAAUGUUCUCGAGCUCAUAUACGGACAGACAUUAGCUUGGUUGGGAGUGUUAUUUACGCCCCUCUUGCCCGCAGUGCAGGUUAUCAAGCUGUUCCUGCUUUUCUACAUGAAAAAGACGAGUCUGAUGAUGAACUGUCAGGCUCCCAGAAAGGCAUGGAGGGCGAGUCAGAUGACCACCUUCUUCAUCACCCUCCUCUGCUUCCCUUCCUUCCUGGGCGCAUCGGUGUGCGUCACCUACACCAUGUGGACGAUAAAGCCAUCCCAGAGCUGUGGGCCGUUCCGUGGCCUCAACACCAUGUUUCAGGCAGGAAAAAAGUGGGUGGGGGCACUGGCCAAUGAUAACCCUAAUCUGAACUGGCUCACCUGGGUUCAUACAUACCUGGUGGAGAACCCUUUCUUCCUGUUCCUCGCUGCUGGAAUCUUCCUAAUAGUAAUCUACUUCCACAGCCAAGUGGUGGAUGGACAGAGGAAGAUUAUUGAGCUGCUACAGGAACAGAUUGAAAAUGAAGGAGAAGACAAGAAGUUUCUCAUCACUAGAUUACAAGACAUCCACGUUCAGAAACGUCCACAUUCCCGACAGCACAGCAGGACAACCAGAGAGGAGGCCAGUUUCACAUGACCUUCUCCGAGCCCUCUGCUUCACAGUGUGAAAAGUGUCAAGUUGCAACUGGAGUAGCCCCCUGCUGUCCUGUAGCUGUAUUACAGGCAAACAGAAGUAACGCUGAAAGUUCUCAACAGGCAUUACUGCAGCAUGGAAUUCAGGGUAUCACACCAGUCAAUGCAUUUAAGCUUUUACUGGACUGCACAAACAUUUUAUUAGGUUUUUUUUAAAUAUAUAUUUUCAAUUUCAAGCCGUUUUAUCUUGCAAAAACUUGCAAAUUUCUUUAAAUGGUUUCUAGUAGAUUUCUAGUAAAAAUGUUUACUUUAAAAAGAAAAAAAAAAGAGAUCAUUGUAGGAAGAUGGUGUUGUAGCAGGAAACAAAAUGCAACAUCUUCACCUGAGAAAGCAUGUCAUUUUAUAACCAAGUCUGUGAAAAAAUAUUUAUGUAAUGUUUCUUAUUCUUAAAUGUGAAUUUAAUAUGUAUUUAAAAUAUAGAUGUUAUUAUGGUAUCUCAUCACAAAGUACAAGGUCGCUACUCGCACAUGGAGGAGAAGAACCACUGAACAAAGGGAUAUUUCCGUUUUAGUUUGAGAAUUUAGUUAGUGUUUUUCUUUUGUACAGUAAAUGAUUUUAUAGGUUUUUUUUUUUUUUUUUUUUUUCUACUGCUUUUAAUAAAUUGAAAAAUGUGAAAUGGUAA